AUGGGCUUUAUCACGGUCUCGAUUAGCUCCGGUUUGAAGGAUCCCGCGGAAGAAGAGUACGAGUUCUGCAGAGCAUUGAGGGCUAUGGGUAAGAACAUGUUGUCUCUAAAACUUACAUUUGCUGAUGCGGGUUCCAUCGGAGUAAACUACGGGCGAGUAGCAAGCAACCUCCCUUCUGCAAUGAACGUGGUUCAGCUCCUCAAGUCUCAGGGUCUCGAGAGGGUCGAGCUCUUCGACACCGAUCCCGCAGUGCUUAAAGUCCUUGCUGGUUCAGGCAUCAAGGUCGUCGUCGACUUGCCAAACGAAAAUCUCUGCAUGGCCGCAAAGAGACCAUCUUUCGCCUAUGCAUGGGUUCAAAAGAACAUCGUCGCUUACUACCCAGCUACCCAAAUCCACACCAUUGCCGUCAGGAACGAGCUUUUUGUUGACCCAGACAACGUGACAAAGUACCAUAGCCCGGCGAUGAAAAACGUGAAUUCGAGAGAAGAAACACAUGAAUGA